AUGCGGAAAAAACCGUCCGCCGUAAAACAUCAAGUAGAUGAAGAUAAAGACAAUUCAGAACUUUGCAGUAGUGUACCCGACGAUUGUGAUGCUAUUCAUAGUGAUGCUGAUUCUGAUGUUGUGCAGAUAUCGCCUCUCUUUCUUAUGGAUAGUUCAGGCCGUCCGGUUCUACAAGAUGGUACUCCAGUUGUUGAACCAGAAGUCGUUGAUUCUGUAUCCGAUGCACACAGAAGGCGUGAGAAAACCGGAAACAACUAUUUAUCCAAAAUAUGCACUGGCUUUAGUCCAGGUGUUAUGGAUUAUGUCAAGUGCACUGCUUGUUACUGUAAAAUACAACCUUUCUCCAUGCCGUUUAGUGUUCAUCCACUUUUGAAGGUGAUACUCUGUAAACGUUGUACUAGGUAUUGUAAAACCCAGAAUUUUGCAAAAGAUGAUGCAGGGAAAGAUGAUAAUUGUAAGUGGUGUUCAGACGGUGGAGAUCUUGUAUGCUGUGAUACUUGUUCGUUUGCAAUUUGUAAGAAAUGUAUCAAGCAAAACUUGGGUAGAACCUACUUGCGCAAUAUUGAGUCUCUGGAUGAAUCAGAUACUUGGAAUUGCUUUGUAUGUGAUCCUACGCCUAUCAAAACAUUACAAGAUAACUGCUCCAAGAUUGUUGCUAAAGUUGAGGAGUAUGAAAAUAUAAGAAAACGUCGGUCGACGAAAGCUCAAGAAACAUGGCGAUCUCGUUCUAGAGGUCAAUAUGGUGAACCUAAUGGUGGCGAUGUAACAGAUUUAUCGUCUAAUUGCACUAACAUCAACGAUCCUGAUAUCACAGAAGGUUUUAUCUCAUCUUCCAAUAUAUUUCAUUCUUCUAGUAAUAAUCUUCUUAAUAAGAACACUGUAUUCCAGUCGACUGAUAUGUCUUCGGAUGGAGUAAAUGUUAAUGAAAUUAAUAAAUGCGACAAAGUCAAUAUUCCAACUGCCAUUACCAAUCAUACUUCAUUAGUCACUUUAGAAUCAAUCGAUCUUCAUAGCAUUUUUAAUCAAAUAUCUAGUGUGAACGAAGUUAAUGUUAAAACAGCUUUACGAGCUUCACAAAGGUGUUUAGACAUAUUUGCUAAAGAUAUACGUCGUUUAGAGAAUAAUUUAAUGCGUAAUCCACCUCAGAUGGAUCUAGAUAAAAUAGCUCAGUCUUUUCAAAGCAUUUAUAGAUUUCAUUUAUUCACACGAUUAGGCAAUCUUGUUGCAAGAAUGCAAGAAGAGGAGAAUGUCAUCAUCAAUACAAGUAGAAAUAAACAAACAAUCCAAUAUCAUUCUUUAGGCGUUCUUCCCCAGUUAAGUGAUGUUUCUAUUCCUAGGCCUAUAUCGAGUAUUUCAAAUGAUGUAACAAUCGAUUUGACAAAAGAAGAUAAUUCCACUGGAACUGUAUCUACACAAGAAGUUUCUACACCAAAGACAGUAUCGUUCAAUUGUUCUUCUACACCAAUGCAUUCUCAACAAUCUGCAACUGUAACAGCGGUUUCUCAUGGUAACAAAAAUAAUGACAACUACGUCACUACUAUUACUACUACUACUACUACUACUACUACUACUACUACUACUACUAACAAUUAUAAUAAAAGUGUUAAACACAAACUAGAUGAGGUGGGGAUGAAGCCGGAAACAGAUAACGGGAAAAGACGUAAAUUAAAUAUUAUUAAGGAACCAACCAUUAUAAACCAUCAAGACACGUUAUCUCACGAACAGUCACCAGAAGAACAAGAUUUGGAGAAAGAAAUGCAUAAUCUAGAAAGUAUUUGUGCCAAAACGAUCAAUCGUAGUUUUACAGAGCAGUCUACUGUCGAUGAGAAAAAUUGUGCUGAGUCGGAUCGGAAUACUCGGGUACAGAAAAAAAUUGUUCAGAAUACUGAAAAUAAAAAUGCUAAGCAACGAAUAAAUCGAACUAAAACAAGUAAUAGGAAUCCAGUUGACUUUGAAGAUGAUUCAUGGUCUAUUGAAGAUAACUUGGAUUCAUCUCAAAAUAAUGGGGAUACUACAUUUGACGGUUCUGAAUCAAAUGAUUUAGCUGGGGAUAAUACUACUGUUAGUGAUGUAAAUAACUCUCGACAAAAUCAACUUGAAAUUAAAACAAGUGAUUAUUUGUAUAAUUUGAAUGCUCGUGAUAAUUUACUGAAGUCCAGUUCAGAUGAUGAUGAUGAUGAUCAUGACGAUGAAGGUAUUGUAGAUAGUAAUGCAAAAGUUGUAACAGAUGAAAAUAGGAAAAAUGGCGCAUCUAAUAGUAUUACAAAACUUGAUGACGACCACGAUAAUAAUAAUGAGAAUGCUUCUAGUGAUCAUGAUUUAUCAAGCAAUAAAUCAAAUGAUUUACACGAAAAUGUACCUUUAAGUAUGAACUUAAAACAAAACAUAGCCUCAUCUGAUCCCGUAAUUUGCUUAACCCGUCUUGCUAAAUCUAUUGUCAACGAAAAUGUCAAUAGUUGUGAAAAUAGACCAAAUAAAACAACUUUACUGCUUGAUAAUUCUGAUGAAGGAAGUGAAUCAGAAUCCAGUCCAAACAGUAAGGAUUCUGCAAAUCUUUUAUCUUCCACUAACCGUACAAAACGAAUACGACAUUUACUCUCCAGCUCUGAAUCUGAUGAAAAUAAUAUUGAUAAUACUGUUGAUGCUGUUGACAAUGCUGGUAAUGUUAAUGAUAAUGAUGAUGAUGAUAAUGCUGAUGAUUGUGAAAGUGAACAAAGUGCAUCAAGUUCAUCAAAAUCUGCCAUACAACAGAUAGGAUCUAGAAAGGUUAAACAGAAUAGGGCAACACCAAGUAGGAUUAGAAAGUCACAAAGACUAUCAUCUGUGAAACCAACAUUUCAUCUUUCAGAUAACGAUGACGAUGGUAGUGAUCACGAAAAAGUGAACGAAAAAGACAUGAAGAAAAAAGCACAGUGUACUGAUUCAUCAGCUGAUGAAAUGAACAGCAUAAAACCCCGACAUAAAUCACAUAAUACAAAAAGACGUAGACGUCUACGUAAAGCAAAAUCAGAUGAUAGUGAUGAUAAUGCUGAAGAGGAAUAUUUCCAGGACAAUAAAGGCAAAGAGACAAUCAAUGAAGAAAUAAUCGAUGAUUCAUUAGAUGCUAAAGGCCGUAAAAAGAUUCGAAGAAUUUACACUGCUAAUCGGUUGUCUGAAACUACAAAAGCUGCUGAAGCUUGUGAACAAGAACGUCGACGUCGUUUAGCUGAAAGACAAAAGAUGUAUAAUGAAUUCAUUGUUCAAGAUGGUGAAGGGAUUAACGCAGUUACAACCAAAUUGAUUUUAGAUCCAGGUGAUCCAGUUAUUGAAGUUCAUCCAGAUAUAGUGAAACAUUUGAAACCACAUCAAGUUGAAGCUGUUCGCUUCCUAUGGGAUUGUACUAUUGAAUCUGUGGAGCAUCAAACAUCUAAAAGUGGAUCGUCACCUUCUACAGGAAGUGGUGCAAUUCUUGCUCAUUGCAUGGGUUUAGGCAAAACACUAUCCGUGAUUUCUUUUUUGCAUACACUAUUAAGAUAUGCGGAACAUAUAAAUAUUCGUACAUGUUUAAUUAUAUGUCCAGUGAAUACUCUGCUCAAUUGGAAACAUGAAUGGGAUAUAUGGUUGCCUGAAGCUGAACAGGUGGAUGUGUUUGAAUUGGCAUCAAAGAACAGUAACAGACUCAAGCUGGAUAUUGUUAAACAUUGGCAUACAAAUGGUGGUGUACUUUUAAUUGGUUAUGAUAUGUUCCGUAAUUUUAUAAUGACCUUAAUGAAGCGAACAAGAAGUAAAGAUGUUAAAAAUACAAUUUCAACAGCUCUCUUAGAUCCAGGUCCAGAUAUUGUUGUCUGUGAUGAAGGACAUUUAAUGAAAAAUUCGAAAUCACAUAUAACUAAGGCUGUAUCACAAAUUCGUACCAUGAAACGUGUUGUACUGACUGGAACACCUUUACAAAAUAACCUCAAUGAAUAUCAUACAAUGGUUGAUUUUGUCAAACCGAAUUUAUUGGGAACUCUCAAAGAAUUCAAUAAUCGUUUUGGUAAUCCAAUAAAAAAUGGACAACAUUCAAAUUCAACACCAAGAGACGUAAAUAUAAUGAAGAAAAGAGCGCAUAUUUUAUAUAAAACACUAGAUGGUUGUGUUCAGCGCAAAGAUUAUAGUGUAUUAACGAAAUAUUUACCACCAAGAUAUGAAUAUGUAAUUAUGUGUAGAUUAAGUAAAGUACAACAAGAAUUGUAUAAAUAUUUUUUGGAAAAUCACAGUAAUAUAAAUUCUAAUAAUAAUAAUAAUACUUCUACUAAUCAAGAUGAAACAAAUCAUCGAAAAAAAUUAUUUAUGAUUCAACAAAUCUUAUAUCGUAUAUCCACACAUCCACAUGCAUUAAGAAUACAUGAAACAAAAGAAGCUCGUAAAAUGCUUCUUAUGGAUGAAGAUAGUUUUAUUGACGAUUCAGCAAAUUCAUCAGAAGAAUCUUCAGAUGAUUCAACGUCUUCAGAUGACAGUGAUGAGAAUAUCAACAGAAAAAAUGACGAGAUCGAUGAAGAUAGUGAAACUAGAAAGUCUUUAAAUAUUACUGAUUCAAAUAAUAACAAUGAAAGUAAUACUGUUAGACCACGUCGUAGACAUCGUCCAAUCACUCGUCAAGAAUCAAGAAAUCCUACUGCUCUUAUUGAUUCUGAAAAUGAUUCAGAAUGUGUUAUUGAUGCUGGUGAAUGUCAAAAACCGUGGUGGUAUAUGUUUUACAACGAUGAAUAUGAUUGGCAGAUUGAUGUAGGUGCUAAAAUGGAUGUUUUGUUCAAUAUACUUAGACGAUGCUCUGAUAUUGGUGACAAAGUGAUUAUGUUCUCUCAUAGUUUGAUAUCAUUAGAUUUAGUUGAAAGAUUUUUAGCAGAGAUAAAUCGUCAGUGGUCUGUCUAUCAGGAUCAAAUGUCAAAUGAAAAAGGCGAUAAGAAUGCAAAAUCUUCACAAAAUCCAGAAAUUUUAAAUCGCCCAGAUUUAUCAGCAUAUUUUCUGAUAUUGGACAUAAUACAUGGAUUCGUGGCUUAG